AUAAUUCAAUAAGUGAUAAAAUAAGAUCAAUAGGAUAUUAGGAUAAUGAGUAACAAGCGAAAACACUAAAAAGUGUAAGGGGAAAAAAAAAGAGUUUAGGACACUUAUCAUAUUGAAAUACAUAUGGGGCUACAAUUUAGUUUAGCUGAGCCAAGAGCUAAAAAUAUUAAGCCUAUAGGAUAUUCAUUUAUGUGCCCAUAAUAUUCCAAUAUAAGCAUGUGUAUUUCUACUAGAGCGUAUGCAUUAUAAUAUUAUUAAUAUAAUCAUUAUUCUUCAUUUCUUUGGUUUAUACAUAUUAGUUUCCAUCUCAAUAGUGAAUGGUAGCUAUUCGUAACAAGCUAGGCCUAUCAAUCCCUAAAUUUUUACACUACCCAAGGCAGAAAGAAAUAAUGUCUAUAUUUUAACAAGCAAACCAUUUAUCCUCCUAAUUAAGGUAACAAGAGAUAUAAUUCACUUAUGCAAUGGAAGCAUCUCAAGUUGAAUUGUUGAAAUAUAUAUAUCCUUUAAAAAUGCAUUGACAAAUGGGUUUCAAAUAGGCAUCAGUUAAGCUAACCACUGUAAAAUGGCAUGACAUCUAGGAACUUUAAAGGCAGUCAUUCUACAGCUCAUAAGAGUUGCGUAACUUUCAAUAUUAUGUAUAAAUAGGAUUAUUUUUUCAACUUGAAAUGCAAAGUUCAUCACUUACAGAGUCACAGGUCAUCAGAACUAUGAAAAAGCAUCCAUACAAACUUUUCAUAAAUGAACUUACCAAAAUAAGCCAUUAUGGCAAAAACAGAAUUCAAAAUCAAGCAUUUAAUUCAUCAGGAACAAGCAAUAUGUAAUUUCAAAAACCAAAUAAUUCUUAAAUAGAGUAAUUAACAAAUAGCCAUCAGCCAUACAUUUAAAAAUUAACAGUAUUGGCAACACAAUCCACACAAGAAUCAUAUGCUUAGAAAAUGAAUUUGUUAACAAAUUAUUGCUUUAUUAGAGUUAGAGUAGCAUAACAACCGUUUCCACAUAGGAAAAUGAUGAAAACCAUUAAAGACUGAAUAUUCAUCCAACAUAACAUAUGCCCUCAACAAAAUAUACUUGCAAAAAAAUCAAAAUUCUUAUAACUAGAGUAGACAAUAUUAUGCAUAGGGCAGUGAGCAGUUGAGCACCUUAUAAAUUCAUCCUUUAGAAAAUCAGUAAUAUGUUUAAGCAAACCAACUUAAAAAAGGAAAUAAUCAUGAUAUGUAUCAAUAAAAAUUCAGUUCAAGAAGCCUGAAAUUGACAAUUAGAUGAACUAUUUAAGGUAUGUUAUUUACAUUGAAUACAGAUGCCCACAAAAUAAUCUAACAAUUCACAAAGGAUUUCACGACACGUAUUUCUAUAAUUAAAACGUUGAUGAAUGCGUGACUCAUUUUCCAAAAAUCGAAUCAAACAAAAGUUUGGCAACCGCAUUCAGUAGAAAAAUCUUUCACGUUUUCCUCAACUAAGUCGUUUGAAAGUCAUCAAGAUACAGAGAUUAAAAUUUGAGUACAUUGGUAAUACAAGUAACAACUUUUUAACGAAAAAGGGGAGAGAAAUGUUGCUAAAUUCACGGUAGCAAAGAGAGCCAUGAGGUAAGAUGUUUAGAAGCGUAUAGAAGAAUUUGAGCGAAAAGAAUUAUGUUGACACCAUAAACCGUAAAAAUAAUAAAUAAAUAAAAUAAAAUAAAAAGAAGAGAGAACCAAAUAAUGAACCAUAUCUAUACUAUUUGCCGACGGAACCUCAAACUAUAUUCGGCAAAAAAUGUCAAUACUCCAGCUAGUAGAGAUGUGUUACGGCACCAUCACUUGCAUGUAGACCGUGUGUCUUUCUCAUAGAAGAGCCUUAUUUAUAAUGGAACUCUCAAUAAACGGCAUCCUCCACCGUAUCCCAAAUGAUUUCCUUAUCAACAUGACUACAUCUUCACCAUAAUCUCUCUAUUUAAAGCACAAUAGCCAAACUAUUCAACACAACUUGGCUAGGUAAACCUUCUCUCUAAGGUCAUUGCCUUCAAUUCAUCCCCUAGGUUCUCUCUCUCAUCUCUAGUCCGGGUUCAUUCGUUUAGUAACCUAAAGUUGUGAGAAUGAGGGGAAUUGUUUUCAGCGAGCCAGGCAAUGGAAUGUAUACCACACCAGUUGAAAGUCUCAAACAUGCAUGGGAUAGCAUACGAGUUCCAAUUCUCGUGCCAAUUCUGAAAAUUGCAAUGUCUUUCUGCAUAAUGAUGUCCGUUAUGCUCUUUCUUGAAAGGAUUUACAUGGCAAUUGUAAUAGUUGUUGUUAAGUGCUUUGGCCGGAAAAGGUACACGAGGUAUAAGUUGGAUGCCUUGAAAGAAGACCUAGAACAAAACCAAAACUACCCAAAGGUCUUGGUCCAAGUUCCCAUGUUUAAUGAAAAAGAGGUUUACAAGCUCUCUAUCGGAGCUGUAUGCGGGUUUACAUGGCCAUCUGAUCGGCUUAUCGUGCAAAUCCUUGAUGACUCCACCAAUGAUAAUCUAAGGAAACUAGUGGAGGAUGAAUGUAAGAUGUGGAUGCGGAGAGGGGUUAAUGUGAAGUAUGAGACAAGGAACAACAGGAAUGGUUACAAGGCUGGUGCUUUACGUGAAGGUCUAAAAAAGCAAUAUGUUGAUGAUUGUGAAUUUGUAGCCAUCUUUGAUGCUGACUUUCAGCCAGAUCAUGAUUUUCUUUGGAGGACCAUCCCUUAUCUUCUAGAAAAUCCAGAAUUGGCAUUAGUGCAAGCAAGAUGGAAAUUUGUGAAUGCAGAUGAAUGUAUAAUGACCCGACUUCAAGAGAUGUCACUAGACUACCACUUUACUGUUGAGCAAGAAGUUGGCUCAUCAACUUGCUCAUUUUUUGGGUUCAACGGGACUGCUGGUGUUUGGAGGCUCCAAGCACUACAUGAUGCCGGUGGAUGGAAAGACCGAACAACAGUGGAAGACAUGGACCUUGCGGUCAGAGCUAGCCUAAGAGGAUGGAAAUUUCUUUAUAUUGGUGACUUGGAAGUAAAAAAUGAACUCCCAAGCACCUUCAAGGCUUAUAGGUUUCAACAGCAUCGUUGGUCAUGUGGCCCAGCUAACCUCUUCAGGAAGAUGUUCAAAGAAAUCCUCAAGAGUGAGCGUGUAUCCCUAUACAAGAAAUUUCACUUGAUCUAUGCUUUUUUCUUUGUGAGGAAGAUUAUUGCACACUGGGUGACCUUUUUCUUCUACUGUGUUGUGAUCCCAUUCGCUAUUGUAAUCCCCGAAUUACAUCUUACAAAACCUAUAGCGAUAUAUCUUCCUGCAACUAUAACAAUUCUAAAUGCAGCUUGCACAAAGAGGUCUUUCCAUCUUCUUGUGGUUUGGAUAUUAUUCGAAAAUGUCAUGUCUCUACAUCGGACUAAGGCUGCAAUAAUAGGAUUGUUAGAAGCAAAUCGAGCCAAUGAAUGGGUUGUAACAGAAAAGUUGGGAAAUGCAGCUAAGCAAAGGCAAGCUGUGAGAGCACCAAGAAGAAGAACAUGCAGGCUUAGAGAACGGAUCCAUUUGCUGGAGAUUAUGAUGGGGUUUUUUAUGCUACAAUGUGCUUCAUAUGAUAUCAUAUUCGGGCACGACCUGUUUUAUAUAUACCUAGUGCUACAAGCAUUGGCCUUCUUUGCAGUUGGAUUUAGCUUCGUUGGAACACAAGUCCCUACCUAGAGUUGUAUUGGUGAACUUCAUCUGUUUGCAAGUAAUAGUAAUAAUUUUUCUGUAAUCAUGAAAGUGAAUGUGUGACAUGGAGGAAACAAGUAAUGUAGUGAUGUGUUUGUUAUGUUUGUACCCAUUUUAUAUCAAAUGAAAUAAAGUUGGUUUGGGUGA